ACAUGAUCAAGGCCAUAAACAUUUUCGUGUUUUGACACAGCUAGUCCUAGUUACUGUACCUUUAAGGGCUAGUAAUUUAGGGACUGUCAACCUUAAGUUUCGUUUUCAGAGGAAGAGGGAAACACUUCCCGUCUGGAAGGACUGCUGGAUUUCGGAUAUAUUUGGCUCAGUCUGCAAGCGUCUGGUUGUUCUAAAUUCAGUAAGAAGGAAGAAGAGUGGAUAUUCAUCCCUUUGUGCAGUGCCUACUCAAUCAUCCAACCACCACUGCUGCAACAACAGUGGGUAUCAAUAUGAAGGCUGUAGCUGCUGCUGUCGGUGCCACAGCUGGAGCAGUUGGAACCAUCGCCCUGGCGACUUUAGCCCUGCCAGCCGUGGGUUUCACUGCAACUGGCAUUGCUGCGGGCUCUUUUGCUGCUAGCAUGAUGUCAUCUGCCGCUGUCGCUAACGGAGGUGCAGUUGCAGCUGGGAGCUUAGUGGCAGUGCUCCAGUCUGCAGGAGUGAUUGGUCUGUCUGGAGGGGCAGUGGCUGCCGUGGGAACUGUAGGGGGCGCUGUGGGUGGAGCCCUGGCAGGAGCAGGUGCAUGGAUGCACAAAGUGUUUGGCAAGACCUGUAAGAAGACUUCCAAAGGUGACACUGGAGAUGACCCUAAAGACGGCUGAUUACAAAUAAAUAUGUGUGCUGGAAGGAUUAAGCUCCGGGAUGGAAACAGCAAAAGAAACAGGAACUGUCCCUUUUUAAAACAACAUGUAUUGGAAAAGGCAUCAGUGACAUUCAAUGAGUGGCCAUAAUUCAUCUCAUUUGUGUUUUCUUUUCCAGUAAAUACAAAUAAAUAUGUGAGCAGUC